AUUAAGAUUUUUUGAAAGUUGUUCUCUUGUUUCGUUUGUGGCAGUUUAUGGUGGUUUUUACUUUGGUUUUAAUUUUAAAGUAUAUUAUUUAAAAUGUCUCAAGAGAAGUUUGAUGGAUAUGGCAAUGUUCUAAAUGGAACAAAAUCCGAUUUAAAUGAAGAAAAAACUGAAUCAAAACAAAGUAGUCAUAGCGUUGAUGUUACAGAUGAAAAUAUAUCAAAAUCAGAUAAAGAUUUUCAUGUAGAAAGUACUGAAGGUGUUGAGCAUUUUGAUACAUUUAUUGAAAAUGAAGGAGAAGAGGGAGAAGAAGUUGCUGAAGCUGAAGAAGAAGAAAAACCGUUCUCUUACAUAGAACUUUUAGAUGCGCCAAGGGAACUCCAAGAGCCUCUGGAUAUCACAAUGGAGUACUUAAAGCAGAUUUCUGAUGAGUUGGGCCUUAUAAAGAUGUGCUGGCCUGAUUUAUCGGAGGUGGAUUUCGAGGAUCGUAACAAUUUUCCAGAUAGUUAUUUAAAAAACAACGACAAAGAGAAAUUGCUGCUUUUGUAUGUGGAGAAUUUUAGAAGACAGUUUUGUUUUAACUAUCCUGAUAGGAAGCCAUUGUUUUUAGCCUGCGAUAAUGAAUGUGGGAUGCAGAAAAUGGUUUGUACAACUAUUCGACCAACUACUCUUCCUUAUUCAGAGAUAGAAUCUUGGGAAGAAUGUUCACGGUUUGUUGCUGAUCAUGUGAAGUUCGAACUUUUGGAUAUUCCUACACUAAUCCCCAAACAUCUAUAUUCACCUCACACUGUUUUUCUAAGGCAAUCAGGCCAUUCAUUUGAAAUAGCUACUGCUCUCUGCUCCCUUUUGAUUGGCCUGGGCUACGAGGCAUAUGUAGUCUCAGGUUAUGCGACCAAAGACGUAACCAUGCGCGUAAUGUGCAGAGUGGACUGUCCAUAUCCACUGACAACAGAAGAAGAACCAGUGAAGGAACCAGAAGUAGUGGACGACAAAUACAAGAUAAAACCCGCAAAAAAACUGAAAAGCAAGUUUCUAGAGAUGAUGAAGCAGAGAGAACUGGAGCAGCUCCAACAAGAGGAAGAGAAACAGGCAGCAUUAACGAGAGAAAGAGUUUUGGAAGAAGAAAAAAUACCAUUGGACGAAUUGGAAGGACAAAGAAUUCACUCUUGGGUUCUGUUGGGUACAAAGGGCCGUGCGGUAGAGAGGAUGGUUUUUAUUGAGGCUAGCACCGGUAUGUUCCAUCCUCUGGACAGCGAUUUGUAUUGUGGCAUAGAAAGUUUGUGGAGCAACGAGAAUUACUGGGUAAAUUUGCAAGAUUGUUCCAAGGGUCUGGCCGAUAUCAACUACAACUUGACUGAUACUGAGAAAUGGGAGCAUCUUCUGGUAGGUGAGCCAAUCAAGUGGCGUCAGAACACUACAACGGAAAUUGGAGAUGAUGAAGAAUUUGAAGAUAUGUUUGAUGAAAAACACCUCGACAUUCCAUAUCCGUGGUCGAUGAAGAUAAACAUACCUAGCGAAGUAUUGAAAAGAAGAUUUCCUGACGGAAGCAGAGUGACGCAAUACAAGAGGACUAUUGUCGAAGAAUAUGCACCUUACAUUCUCGAUGAUGGAAUGGUUCAAAAAAUAUCACGUUUUCAAGAUUUCGAUUGCACCGUCAUCGAAUCAGUAGAGGAAAAAUACGAAAAUCGCCACGACAAGUUAAAUAGAAGCUUUUUCGAUGCCAAAACUAACCAAAUUACUGAAUAUUUCAACCCUGGACGAGAGGACAGUGUUAUAAAACAUAUUUACUACAAAGAUGAUGAUACUGCAGACGGAGAAAGAACAUUUUUUUUCAACAGUAAGGCUAGAUUUGAUGGUUUGGAAAAAAUAGAAAUAGAGACUCAGGUUUUGACAGAACACUACUGCGAUAGAGAAGACAAGGUAUAUUAUAGACAAGUUGUAUACGACCAAAGAAGAAAAACUACCCUAGGAGACUCAAAUAGACGACCUAUUCGAAGCAUAGUCCAAAAAUUUAGACGGAAUGAAGAUAAAUCCGCUUACAAAGACCUCAGUGUGCGCGAAUUCAACAUAAAAGAUCGCGAAAUAUAUUUGAAAUACCACUACGAUAAGAAUUGCAUCACGGCAUCCACGAGAAACUUUAUUAAACCACCCAUAUCUGAAAUGGGUGAGGCUAUGGUUUUCCAUCCGGAGUUAACCAACGGUUACCAAGCCCAGAUAGGAGCCAAACCACCCAGGCAACUGCAGCUAUUUCUUUUACUGGAACAACAAAUCAAAGAUGAGAAAGAAGUAAUUGAAACCAAUCAGAGAUUUUGAAAAUCAGAUAUCCGAAUUUUUGUUACAACGAGCUCACGAAAUGGCAUUCUCCAAGUUAGACGUUUCACUUUACAAUCGCGAACAGAAUCAGGAAUAUAAAAUAGGAAUGUUGGACCAGGAGGAACAACACAGAUUGUACAAAGAGAAAGAAGUGGAAGAAGAAGCGGACUAUUUGGCUCCAUAUUUGGCAAGACUUGGGAAUCCCUCGGACCUGACUUAUCAACAGGCGCUGGACGUCAAGUAUCAGUGUCUUGGAGAAUUUAAAGAGUUGUUAGUCAAACGAGCCAAUGAUAUUCAAAGACAAUUUGAAACGACCUCUCAGAAAGCGGAAGAUAUGCAGAUGUGGUACACACAAAAUCACGAAAAUAUCGAUCCUGAUAAAGAAGCAGAUUACUUCAGAGAUAUAAACGAUAUGAUUUUCUUAUUAAAAACAUUGGAAAUCCGACUGACAAGACAUAAAGAUUUAUCUUCACUUAGAUUUGCAGAAAUGGUUGAAUAUGUAAACAAUCACCCCAUGUUAGAUAUUCUAAAAGAAAAUUUGGAAUAAAAGAGUCACUGUCGUUUUAUAGUAUA